GGCGCCGGGAUCGCGGGCGCCGGCCGAGCCAGCGGCGGCUGGAGGCUGCGACCUGACGCCGCCCGCCGGCGGCCGCCGAGACGCCGCGCGUCAGGCUUGGAGCGGGAGCUCCGCCAAGGGAAGAUGCCCGCCGAAUCUUUCUACCUGGCCGCACAGGCGCGACUCGACUCCAAAUGGCUGAAGACCGACAUCCAGCUUGCAUUCACCAGAGAUGGGCUCUGCGGCCUGUGGAACGAGAUGGUCAGGGAUGGAGAGAUCGUGUACACGGGGACAGAGUCAGCCCAGAACGGAGAGCUUCCUGCCCGGAAAGAUGACGGUGUGGAUGGUCAGAGUGGAUCCAAGAAAGAAGACCUGAAUGACAAAGAGAAAAAGGAAGAAGAGGAGGCGCCCGCGCCUGCCUGCCGGGCCAAGUCCAUCCUGGAGAGUUGGGUGUGGGGCCGGCAGCCAGAUGUGAAUGAGCUGAAGGAGUGCCUCUCGGUGCUGGUGAAGGAGCAGCAGGCGCUGGCCGUGCGGGCCGCCACCACCACCCUCUCGGCCCUGAGGCUCAAGCAGAGACUGGUCAUCCUGGAGCGCUACUUCAUCGCCCUCAACCGAACAGUGUUUCAGGAGAACGUCAAAGUCAGGUGGAAGACCAGCAGCAUUUCUUUGCCGCCUGUGGACAAAAAGAGCUCUAGGCCUGCAGGCAAAGGAGUGGAGGGACUUGCCAGAGUGGGCUCCCGGGCGGCGCUCUCCUUCGCCUUUGCGUUCUUGCGCAGGGCCUGGCGCUCAGGGGAGGACGCGGACCUCUGUAGCGAGCUGCUGCAGGAGUCGCUGGACGCGCUGAGAGCCCUGCCGGAGGCCUCCCUCUUCGAUGAGAGCGCCGUGUCCUCAGUGUGGCUGGAGGUGGUGGAGAGAGCCACCCGUUUCUUGCGCUCCGUGGUGACCGGGGAUGUCCACGGGACUCCAGGCACCAAGGGGCCGGGCAGUGCCAUCCCCCUGCAGGACCAGCACCUGGCGCUGGCCAUCCUGCUGGAGCUGGCGGUACAGAGAGGCACGCUGAGCCAGAUGCUGUCUGCCGUCUUGCUGCUGCAGCAGCUGUGGGACAGUGGGACACGAGAAACGGACAACGAGCGCUCGGCACAGGGCACCAGCGCCCCGCUCCUCCCCCUGCUGCAGCGAUUCCAGAGCAUCCUGUGCAGCAAAGACGACCUCCACACCGAGGGUGACCCGCACCUCCUGACGGGCCCGCUCAGCCCCAAUGAGAGUUUCCUGCGGUACCUGACUCUCCCGCAGGACAACGAGCUCGCCAUCGACCUGCGGCAGACGGCGGUCGUGGUCAUGGCCCACCUGGACCGCCUGGCCACCCCCUGCAUGCCGCCGCUCUGCAGCUCUCCGACCUCGCACAAGGGCUCGCUGCAAGAGCUCAUUGGCUGGGGCCUGAUCGGAUGGAAGCACUACGCCAACGUGAUUGGCCCGAUCCAGUGUGAGGGCCUUGCCAACCUGGGGGUCACGCAGAUCGCCUGUGCAGAGAAGCGCUUCCUCAUCCUGUCACGCAAUGGCCGCGUAUACACGCAGGCCUACAGCAGCGACACGCUGGCGCCGCAGCUGGUGCAAGGGCUCGCCUCCCGGAACAUCGUCAAGAUUGCCGCCCAUGCGGACGGGCAGCACUACCUGGCCUUGGCAGCCACCGGAGAGGUGUUCUCGUGGGGCUGCGGGGACGGCGGGCGGCUUGGCCACGGGGACACUGUGCCUCUGGAGGAGCCCAAGGUCAUCUCCGCCUUCUCCGGCAAGCAGGCAGGGAAGCAUGUCGUUCACAUCGCCUGCGGCAGCACCUACAGUGCGGCCAUCACCGCCGAGGGCGAGCUGUACACCUGGGGCCGGGGCAACUAUGGGCGGCUGGGCCACGGCUCCAGUGAAGAUGAGGCUAUUCCUAUGCUGGUCGCUGGCCUUAAAGGACUGAAGGUGAUUGAUGUGGCCUGUGGGAGUGGUGACGCACAGACCCUGGCUGUGACAGAGAACGGUCAGGUGUGGUCCUGGGGAGACGGCGACUACGGCAAGCUGGGCCGAGGCGGCAGUGAUGGCUGCAAGACCCCGAAGCUGAUCGAGAAGCUUCAGGACUUGGAUGUUGUCAAAGUCCGCUGUGGAAGUCAGUUUUCUGUCGCGCUGACAAAAGACGGGCAGGUGUACUCCUGGGGCAAAGGCGACAACCAGCGGCUCGGGCACGGGACAGAGGAGCACGUGCGCUACCCCAAGCUCCUGGAAGGCCUGCAAGGGAAGAAGGUGAUCGACGUGGCCGCGGGCUCCACGCACUGCCUGGCCCUCACCGAGGACAGUGAGGUGCACAGCUGGGGCAGCAACGACCAGUGCCAGCACUUUGACACCUUGCGUGUGACCAAGCCGGAACCCACGGCGCUGCCGGGCCUGGAUACCAAACACAUCGUCGGCAUCGCCUGUGGGCCAGCACAGAGUUUUGCAUGGUCAUCUUGUUCUGAGUGGUCCAUCGGCCUCCGAGUCCCAUUUGUGGUGGACAUCUGCUCACUGACCUUUGAGCAGCUGGACCUCCUGCUUCGGCAAGUGAGUGAGGGCAUGGAUGGCACCGCCGACUGGCCCCCGCCGCAGGAGAAGGAGUGCAUGGCUGUGGCCACGCUGAAUCUGCUCCGGCUGCAGCUGCACGCAGCCAUCAGCCACCAGGUGGAUCCGGAGCUCCUGGGCCUGGGGCUGGGCAGUGCCCUCCUGGGGAGCCUGAAGCAGACGGUGGUGGCCCUGGCCAGCAGUGCGGGUGUGCUGGGCACGGUGCAGGGCGCCGCCCAGGCCGUGCUGCAGAGCGGGUGGUCUGUGCUGCUGCCCACGGCCGAGGAGCGGGCCCGGGCACUCUCGGCCCUGCUGCCCUGUGCAGUUUCAGGCAACGAAGUCAACAUAAGCCCAGGGCGGCGCUUCAUGAUCGAUCUGCUGGUGGGCAGCCUGAUGGCCGACGGUGGCUUGGAGUCGGCCCUGAAUGCGGCCAUCACCGCGGAGAUCCAGGACAUUGAAACCAAAAAGGAAGCACAGAAGGAGAAGGAGAUUGAUGAGCAGGAAGCCAGUGCCUCCACGUUCCACCGAAGUCGCACUCCGCUGGAUAAAGACCUUAUCAACACGGGCAUCUGCGAGGCCUCGGGGAAGCAGUGCCUGCCCCUGGUCCAGCUCAUCCAGCAGCUUCUGCGGAACAUCGCCUCCCAAACUGUCGCCCGGCUGAAAGACGUCGCGCGGCGGAUCUCAUCGUGCCUGGACUUCGAGCAGCACACGCGCGAGAGGUCUGCGUCUUUGCACCUGCUGCUGCGCUUCCAGCGGCUGCUCAUCAGCAAGCUGUACCCAGGAGAAGGCUUUGGGCCGGCCGCCGACGCGCCCAGCCCUGAGCUGAUGGGGGUUGGCUCCUUGCUCAAGAAGUAUACUGCCCUGCUGUGCACGCACAUCGGGGACAUCCUGCCCGUGGCCUCCAGCAUCGCCUCUGCCAGCUGGCGGCACUUCGCAGAGGUGGCCUGGGUCGUGGAAGGGGACUUCACCGGUGUGCUCCUUCCAGAAUUAGUUGUUUCUAUAGUGCUCUUGCUCAGUAAAAAUGCUGGUCUCAUGCAGGAGGCGGGCGCCGUGCCUCUGCUGGGCGGCCUGCUCGAACACCUGGACCGCUUCAACCACCUGGCACCUGGCAAGGACAGAGAUGACCACGAGGAGCUGGCCUGGCCCGGCAUCAUGGAGUCAUUUUUUACAGGUCAGAACUGUAGGAAUAAUGAGGAGGUGACCCUGAUACGCAAAGCCGACCUGGAGAACCACAAUAAAGACGGAGGCUUCUGGACUGUGAUCGACGGGAAAGUGUACGACAUAAAGGACUUCCAGACCCAGUCGCUCACCGGGAACAGCAUCCUCGCUCAGUUUGCAGGGGAAGAUCCUGUGGUAGCUUUAGAAGCUGCUUUGCAGUUUGAAGACACACGGGACUCCAUGCAUGCCUUCUGUGUUGGCCAGUAUCUGGAGCCUGACCAAGAAGUCGUCACCAUCCCAGAUCUGGGGAGUUUGUCUUCGCCACUGAUUGACACCGAGCGGAACCUGGGCCUGCUGCUGGGCUUACACGCCUCCUACUUAGCUAUGAGCACCCCUCUGUCUCCCGUCGAGGUGGAAUGUGCCAAGUGGCUCCAGUCGUCCGUCUUCUCUGGGGGCCUGCAGACCAGCCAGAUCCACUACAGCUACAAUGAGGAGAAGGACGAGGACCACUGCAGCUCUCCCGGGGGCUCCCCAGCCAGCAAGCCUCGCCUCUGCGCACACGGCUUGGUGCUGGGGGGCCACUCGCAGGCCUUCCUGCAGGCCAUCGCCGACAACGACACGCAGGAUCACAGUGUGAAGGACUUCCUGUGUCAGAUGGAGAGGUACUGCCGGCAGUGCCACCUGACGGCGCCCAUCACGUUCCCUCCGGAGCACCCCGUGGAGGAGGUCGGCCGCUUGCUGCUGUGCUGCCUGCUGAAGCACGAGGACCUUGGUCACGUGGCGCUGUCCCUGGUACACGCGGGCACCCUGGGCAUUGAGCAGGUGAAGCACCGGACACUCCCGAAGUCCGUGGUGGAUGUGUGCCGGGUUGUCUACCAAGCCAAGUGUUCGCUCAUCAAGACACACCAGGAGCAGGGCCGCUCCUAUAAGGAGGUCUGCGCUCCCGUCAUCGAGCGCCUGAGAUUCCUCUUCAACGAGCUGAGACCGGCGGUGUGCAGCGACCUCUCCAUCCUGUCCAAGUUUAAACUGCUCAGUUCCUUGCCCCGCUGGAGGAGGGUCGCUCAGAAAAUAAUUCGAGAACGAAGGAAAAAGAGAGUUCCUAAGAAGCCGGAGUGUACAGAUGACGAAGAGAAGAUUGGGAAUGAGGAAAGUGACCUAGAGGAAGCUUGUAUUUUGCCUCACAGCCCUAUCAGUGUGGACAAGCGACCUCUUACGAUGAAAUCGCCCAAGGACAAAUGGCAGCCAUUGUUGAACACAGUCACAGGCGUCCACAAGUACAAGUGGUUGAAGCAGAAUGUCCAGGGCCUGCACCCUCAGUCGGCCCUCCUCAGCACGAUCGCCGAGUUUGCCUUGAAGGAAGAGCCGGUGGAUGUGGAGAAGAUGCGAAAGUGUCUGCUCAAGCAGUUGGAGCGAGCGGAGGUUCGCCUGGAAGGGAUAGAUUCCAUCUUGAAACUGGCCUCCAAGAGCUUCCUGCUUCCGUCUGUGCAGCACGCUAUGUUCUGUGGUUGGCAGAGACUCAUUCCUGAAGGCAUCGAUAUUGGGGAGCCUCUUACGGAUUGCAUGAAGGACAUAGAUCUGAUCCCCCCCUUUAACCGGAUGCUCCUGGAAGUAACGUUCGGCAAGCUGUAUGCCUGGGCUGUUCAGAACAUCCGUAAUGUCUUGAUGGAUGCAAAUGCCAGAUUUAAGGAGCUUGGUAUCCAGCCUGUCCCUCUGCAAACCGUCACCAACGAGAACCCUUCGGGCCCGAGCCUGGGGACGACCCCGCAGGCGCGCUUCCUCCUGGUGAUGCUCAGCGUGCUCACGCUGCAGCACGGUGCUCACAGCCUGGACCUGCUGCUCAACUCGGGCACCCUGGCCCUCACGCAGACCGCGCUGCGGCUCAUCGGCCCCAGCUGUGACAACAUUGAUGAUGAGAUGAACGCGGCGGCCCGCGGGGCUUCGGCGACGGUGCUGGAAGAGACCAGGAAGGAAAGUACCCCCGUGCAGCUCCCUGUCUCCGGGCCGGAGCUGGCUGCCAUGAUGAAGAUCGGAACCCGGGUCAUGCGAGGCGUGGACUGGAAAUGGGGCGACCAGGACGGCCCCCCUCCUGGCCUUGGCCGUGUGAUUGGGGAGCUGGGCGAGGACGGGUGGACCCGGGUGCAGUGGGACACGGGCAGCACCAACUCGUACCGGAUGGGGAAGGAGGGCAAGUACGACCUCAAGCUGGCCGAGCUGCCCGCCUCCACACAGCCCUCGGCGGAAGACUCAGACACCGAGGACGACUCUGAAGCCGAACAGACAGAGCGCAACAUCCACCCAACUGCGAUGAUGCUCACCAGCACUGUUAACCUGCUGCAGACGCUGUGUCUCUCGGCCGGCGUCCAUGCCGAGGGCAUGCAGAGCGAGGCCACCAGGACUCUGUGUGGGCUGCUGCGGAUGUUAGUGGAGAGUGGCACGGCCGACAAGACAGCCUCCCCCAGCCGGCUGGUGUGCCGGGAGCAGCACCGGAGCUGGUGCACGCUGGGCUUCGUCCGCAGCAUCGCGCUCACGCCGCACAUGUGCGCUGCCCUCAGCUCCCCGCAGUGGAUCUCCCUGCUCAUGAAAGUCAUGGAGGGCCACGCACCGUUCACGGCCGCCUCGCUGCAGCGCCAGAUCCUGGCUGUCCAUCUGCUGCAAGCGGUGCUGCCGUCCUGGGACAAGGUGGAGCGGGCGCGGGACAUGCAGUGGCUGGUGGAGAAGCUCUUCGGCUUCCUGGGCAGCUUGCUGACCACCUGCUCCUCGGACAUCCCCUUCCUCAGAGAGUCCACCCUGAGGAGGCGCCGGGCGCGCCCGCAGGCCUCGCUGACGGCCACGCACAGCAGCACCCUGGCCGAGGAGGUGGUGGCGCUCCUGCGCACGCUGCACUCGCUGGCCCAGUGGAACGGGCUCGUCAACAAGUACAUCAACUCGCAGCUGCAGUCAGUCACGCGCGGCUGCGCCGGGAAGCCAGCAGAGGGGGUGCUGCUGGAGGACCACUUCCCCGACUCCGAGGGCCCGGAGGUGGGCGGCCUCAUGGCGGUGCUGGCCGUCAUCGGUGGCAUCGAUGGGCGCCUGCGACUGGGAGGCCAGGUCCUGCACGAUGAGUUUGGAGAAGGCACAGUGACACGCAUCACCCCGAAGGGCAGGAUCACCGUGCAGUUCUCCGACAUGCGCGUCACACACGUGUGUCCGCUGGCCCAGCUGCGGCCCCUUCCCGCCGUGCCGUUCAGCGUCACCAACCUGCCCUUCACGGAGCCCAUGCUGUCUGUGUGGGCUCAGCUGGUGAGCCUGGCCGGGAGCCGGCUGGACAAGCACAAGAUCAAGAAGCCCCUGAAGCAGGGCUUCACAGGACAAGUGGACCUGGAGCUGCUGCGGCGCCAGCAACUGAGGCUGUACAUCCUGAAGGCGGCCCGCGCGCUGCUGACCCACCAGGACCAGCUGCGGCAGAUCCUGUCCCAGCCCGCUGUCCAGGAGGCGGCCCCUGCAGCAGAUGAUGGUGCAGCAGCGUCCCCCGACCUUGGGGACAUGUCUCCAGAAGGGCCGCAGCCCCCGAUGAUCCUCUUGCAGCAGCUGUUGGCCGCCGCCACUCAGCCGUCCCCAGUCAAGGCCGUGUUCGACAAGCAGGAGCUUGAGGCGGCCGCGCUGGCCGUGUGCCAGUGUCUGGCAGUGGAGGCUACACAUCCGUCCAGCCCCGUGUUUGCCGACUGCAGCUCCAGCGAGGCCACGACACCGGUCCCCGUGCAGCACGUGCGUCCCGUGCGGGCCAGACGGCGCCGACCGUCGCCAGCGCCUGCUCCACCCGUGGUGCUACAGCUCAUGGAGAUGGGCUUUCCCCGGAGGAGCAUUGAGCUGGCCCUCAAGGCCCUAGGCGGCUCACCAGGCGUGGAGGCCCUAGUGGGCUGGCUGCUGGAUCAUGCCGAUGUGCAGGUGACCGACCUCUCCGACGUGGACACUGGGUCCGACGAGUGCUCGGAUGAAGACCUGGUGGAGGACGUGGACGACUCGGCCUACGCUGUGCCUGCCACUGGCGCGGUUGUGACCGAGAGCCAGACGUACAAGCAGCGAGCCGACUUCCUGAGCAAUGACGACUACGCCGUGUACGUGAGGGAGAACAUCCAGGUGGGCAUGAUGGUCCGCUGCUGUCGCGCCUAUGAAGAGGUGUGUGAAGGCGACGUGGGCAAAGUGAUCAAACUGGACCGGGAUGGGCUGCAUGACCUCAAUGUGCAGUGCGACUGGCAGCAGAAGGGUGGCACCUACUGGGUGCGCUACCUGCACGUCGAGCUCAUCGGUUACCCUCCGCCCAGCUCUCCUUCUCACAUCAAGAUUGGGGAUAAGGUCCGAGUCAAAGCCGCCGUCACCACGCCCAAAUAUAAGUGGGGCUCUGUGACCCAUCAGAGCGUGGGGGUCGUCAAAGCCUUCAGUGCCAACGGCAAGGAUGUCAUCGUGGACUUCACGCAGCAAUCCCACUGGACCGGGCUGCUGUCCGAGAUGGAGCUGGUGCCCAGUGUCCAUCCCGGCGUGACGUGUGACGGCUGCCACAUGUUUCCUGUCAACGGGUCUCGAUUCAAAUGCAGAAACUGUGACGACUUUGACUUCUGUGAAACUUGCUUCAAGACCAGAAAACACAACGCCAGGCACACAUUUGGCCGAAUAAAUGAGCCAGGUCAGUCGGCCAUCUUCUGUGGCCGUUCUGGGAAGCAGCAAAAGCGUGGCCACAGCAGCCGCCCGGGAACGUUGCUGGACAGCUGGGCUCGGAUGGUGAAGAACCUCAGUGUGUCGUCCUCCGUGAACCAGGCGGCUCGCCUCAUCGAUGGCAGUGAGCCCUGCUGGCAGUCCUCGGGUUCACAGGGAAAGCACUGGAUUCGUUUGGAGAUCUUCCCAGAUGUUCUUGUCCAUAGACUGAAAAUGAUAGUGGACCCCGCGGACAGCAGCUACAUGCCUUCGUUGGUUGUGGUGUCAGGUGGUAAUUCCCUCAAUAACCUGAUUGAGCUGAAGACUGUGAACAUCAACCCCGCAGACACCACGGUGUCCCUGCUGAGCGACUGCUCCGAGUACCACAGGUAUAUCGAGAUCGCCAUCAAGCAGUGCAGAAGCUCGGGCAUUGACUGCAAGAUCCACGGCCUUCUCCUGCUGGGCCGCAUCCGUGCUGAGGAGGAGGACUUGGCUGCCGUGCCUUUCCUGGCUUCCGACAACGAAGAGGAAGAAGAUGACAAAGGCGGCACUGGGAGCCUUAUAAGAAAGAAGGCUGCGGGGCUGGAGUCGGCGGCCACCAUCAGAACCAAAGUGUUUGUGUGGGGACUGAACGACAAGGACCAGCUGGGUGGACUGAAGGGCUCUAAGAUCAAGGUCCCUUCGUUCUCCGAGACUCUGUCUGCUCUGAACGUGGUGCAGGUGGCCGGUGGUUCGAAGAGCUUGUUUGCAGUUACGGUGGAGGGGAAGGUCUACGCCUGUGGGGAAGCCACCAAUGGCCGCCUGGGGCUGGGCCUGUCCAGUGGCACGGUGCCCAUCCCCCGGCAGAUCACAGCGCUCAGCAGCUACGUGGUCAAGAAGGUGGCCGUGCACUCAGGUGGCCGCCAUGCCACGGCUCUGACCGUCGACGGCAAAGUGUUUUCCUGGGGCGAAGGUGACGACGGCAAGCUCGGGCACUUCAGCAGAAUGAACUGUGACAAGCCACGGCUGAUCGAGGCCCUGAAGACCAAGCGCAUCCGGGACAUCGCGUGCGGGAGCUCUCACAGCGCAGCCCUGACGUCCAGCGGCGAGCUCUACACCUGGGGCCUCGGCGAGUACGGCCGCCUGGGGCACGGGGACAACACCACUCAGCUCAAGCCCAAAAUGGUGAAAGUCCUCCUUGGUCACAGAGUGGUCCAGGUCGCCUGUGGGAGCAGAGAUGCACAGACCCUGGCUCUCACUGACGAAGGUUUGGUGUUUUCCUGGGGUGACGGUGACUUCGGAAAGCUGGGUCGGGGCGGAAGCGAAGGUUGCAAUGUGCCCCAAAACAUCGAGAGACUGAACGGACAGGGCGUGUGCCAGAUCGAGUGUGGUGCCCAGUUCUCCUUGGCACUCACCAAGUCAGGUGUGGUGUGGACAUGGGGGAAGGGGGACUACUUCCGGCUGGGCCAUGGCUCGGACGUGCACGUGCGGAAGCCCCAAGUGGUGGAAGGCCUGCGCGGGAAGAAGAUCGUGCACGUGGCAGUGGGGGCCCUGCACUGCCUGGCGGUCACGGACGCAGGACAGGUCUAUGCGUGGGGCGACAAUGACCAUGGGCAGCAGGGCAACGGCACCACCACGGUGAACAGGAAGCCCACGCUGGUGCAAGGCCUGGAAGGCCAGAAGAUUACCCGGGUGGCCUGUGGCUCUUCCCACAGUGUGGCCUGGACCACUGUUGAUGUGGCCACGCCCUCCGUCCACGAGCCUGUCCUCUUCCAGACUGCACGAGACCCCUUGGGUGCUUCCUACUUAGGUGUGCCUUCAGAUUCUGACUCUUCUGCUGCCAGUAAUAAAGUCAGUGGUGCAAAUAACGCGAAGCCCAAUCGCCCUUCCCUUGCCAAGAUCCUCCUGUCUCUGGAUGGGAACCUGGCCAAACAGCAGGCAUUGUCGCACAUCCUCACAGCGCUGCAGAUCCUGUACGCCAGAGACGCAGUGGUCGGGGCCUUGAUGCCAGCUGGCAUGAUGGCCCCGGUGGAGUGUCCCUCCUUCUCCUCAUCGGCACCUGCUUCCGAUGCCUCUGCCAUGGCCAGCCCCGUAAACGGAGAGGAGUGCAUGCUCACCAUGGACCUCGAUGACAGACUGAGUCCAAAUCCACGGCAGGACAAGAGAGGAGAGAUGAUCUCUUCCGAGGACGCGGUGACCCCCUCAGCAGUGACCCCGUCUGCAUCCUCGGCGACAUCGCGGCCAUUCAUUCCAGUGACAGAUGACCCAGGCGCUGCCAGCAUCAUCGCAGAGACCAUGACCAAGACCAAAGAGGAUGCCGAAAGCCAGAAUAAAGCAUCGGGGCCAGAACCUCAGUCCUUGGAUGAGUUCACCAGCCUGCUGGUCGCUGAUGACACCCGGGUGGUCGUGGACCUACUCAAGCUGUCUGUGUGUGGCCGGGCCGGGGACAAGGGCAGGGACGUGCUCUCAGCUGUGCUCUCGGGCAUGGGCACUGCCUACCCGCAGGUGGCCGACAUGUUGCUGGAGCUGUGUGUCACCGAGCUGGAGGACGUGGCCACCGACUCGCAGAGUGGCCGCCUGUCGUCGCAGCCCGUGGUGGUGGAGAGCAGCCACCCCUACACGGACGACACGUCGUCCAGUGGCACGGUGAAGAUCCCAGGUGCAGAGGGCCUCCGGGUGGAGUUUGACCGGCAGUGCUCCACGGAGCGGCGCCACGACCCCCUCACGGUCAUGGACGGGGUCAACAGGAUCGUCUCGGUGCGCUCAGGCCGGGAGUGGUCCGACUGGUCCAGUGAGCUGCGCAUCCCAGGCGACGAGCUGAAGUGGAAGUUCAUCAGCGACGGGUCUGUGAACGGCUGGGGCUGGCGCUUCACCGUCUACCCCAUCAUGCCAGCUGCAGGGCCCAGGGACCUGCUUUCCGACCGCUGCGUCCUGUCAUGCCCGUCCAUGGACUUGGUGACAUGCCUGUUGGACUUCCGGCUCAAUCUCGCCUCGCACAGAAGCAUCGUCCCCCGCCUGGCCGCCUCGCUGGCAGCCUGUGCUCAGCUGAGCGCCCUUGCUGCCAGCCACAGGAUGUGGGCCCUGCAGCGGCUGAGGAGGCUGCUGACCACAGAGUUCGGGCAGUCGGUGAAUAUCAGCCGGCUGCUGGGCGAGGACGGCGCGGACACCAGGGCUCUGAGCUUCACAGGCAGUGCCCUGGCUGCGCUGGUGAAAGGCCUUCCAGAGGCGCUGCAGAGACAGUUUGAGUACGAAGACCCUGUGGUGAGGGGCGGCAAGCAGCUGCUACACAGCCCCUUCUUCAAGGUGCUGGUGGCCCUGGCUUGUGACCUGGAGCUAGACACUCUCCCCUGCUGUGCUGAGACUCACAAAUGGGCUUGGUUCCGAAGGUAUUGCAUGGCUUCCCGAGUGGCUGUGGCCUUGGACAAGAGAACACCGCUGCCCCGGCUGUUUCUCGAUGAGGUGGCGAAGAAGAUCCGUGAGCUGAUGGCCGACAGCGAGAGCAUGGACGUCCUUCACGAGAGCCACGAUGUCUUCAGGAGAGAGCAGGACGAGCAGCUCGUGCAGUGGAUGAACAGGCGCCCCGACGACUGGACGCUCUCGGCCGGCGGCAGUGGGACCAUCUACGGUUGGGGCCACAACCACCGGGGACAGCUGGGGGGCAUUGAAGGCGCCAAGGUGAAGGUGCCUACUCCCUGCGAAGCUCUGGCGACACUCCGACCGGUGCAGUUGAUCGGGGGAGAGCAGACACUUUUUGCGGUGACAGCUGACGGGAAGCUCUACGCCACGGGCUAUGGUGCCGGCGGCCGCCUGGGCAUCGGCGGGACAGAGUCGGUGUCCACCCCGACGCUGCUUGAGUCCAUCCAGCACGUGUUCAUCAAGAAGGUGGCCGUGAACUCGGGCGGGAAGCACUGCCUGGCGCUGUCCUCGGAGGGCGAAGUCUACUCCUGGGGCGAGGCCGAGGACGGGAAGCUGGGGCACGGCAGCCGCAGCCCAUGUGACCGCCCUCGGGUCAUUGAGUCUCUGCGCGGCAUCGAGGUGGUGGACGUGGCAGCCGGCGGGGCCCACAGCGCCUGUGUCACUGCGGCUGGGGACCUGUACACGUGGGGCAAAGGCCGCUAUGGCCGCCUGGGCCACAGCGACAGUGAGGACCAGCUGAAGCCCAAGCUGGUGGAGGCCCUGCAGGGCCACCGCGUGGUCGACGUGGCCUGUGGUAGUGGUGAUGCCCAGACCCUGUGUCUCACGGAUGACGACACCGUCUGGUCCUGGGGAGACGGGGACUACGGCAAGCUGGGCAGAGGGGGCAGUGACGGCUGCAAAGUGCCCAUGAAGAUCGACUCUCUGACGGGCCUCGGCGUGGUCAAGGUGGAGUGCGGCUCCCAGUUCUCCGUGGCCCUCACCAAGUCCGGCGCUGUCUAUACCUGGGGCAAGGGUGACUACCACCGGCUGGGCCAUGGCUCCGAUGACCAUGUCAGGAGGCCGCGGCAGGUACAGGGGCUGCAGGGGAAGAAGGUGGUUGCCAUCGCCACGGGCUCGCUGCACUGCGUGUGCUGCUCCGAGGACGGGGAAGUGUACACGUGGGGUGACAAUGACGAGGGGCAGCUGGGGGACGGCACAACCAAUGCCAUCCAGAGGCCACGGCUGGUGGCUGCCCUCCAGGGGAAGAAGGUCAACCGCGUGGCCUGCGGCUCCGCCCACACCCUCGCCUGGUCCACCAGCAAGCCUGCCAGUGCCGGGAAGCUCCCCACCCAGGUGCCCAUGGAGUACAACCACCUGCAAGAGAUCCCCGUGAUGGCGCUGCGAAACCGCCUGCUGCUGCUGCACCACAUCUCCGAGCUCUUCUGCCCCUGCAUCCCCAUGUUUGACCUGGAGGGCGCGCUGGGCGAGGCGGGGCUGGGGCCCUCCGUGGGCCUGGACACACUGCGGGGCCUCCUCAUCUCCCAGGGAAAGGAGGCUGCGUUCCGGAAGGUGGUGCAGGCCACCAUGGUGCGGGAGCGCCAGCAUGGCCCCGUGGUGGAGCUGAACCGCAUCCAGGUCAAACGCUCCCGGAGCAAAGGCGGCCUGGCGGGCCCUGAUGGGACCAAGUCCGUAUUUGGGCAGAUGUGCGCCAAGAUGAGCUCCUUCAGCCCUGACAGCCUCCUCCUGCCACACCGAGUCUGGAAGGUCAAGUUUGUGGGGGAGUCUGUGGACGACUGUGGUGGUGGCUACAGCGAGUCCAUCGCUGAGAUCUGCGAGGAGCUGCAGAAUGGACUCACGCCGCUGCUCAUCGUCACGCCCAACGGCAGGGACGAGUCGGGGGCCAACCGCGACUGCUACCUGCUGAGCCCUGCAGCACGUGCACCCGUGCACACGGCCAUGUUCCGCUUCCUGGGUGUCCUCCUGGGCAUCGCCAUCCGCACCGGGAGCCCCCUGAGCCUCAGCCUGGCCGAGCCUGUGUGGAAGCAGCUGGCGGGGAUGAGCCUCACCAUCGCAGACCUCAGCGAGGUGGACAAAGAUUUCAUCCCUGGGCUCAUGUACAUCCGUGACAACGAGGCCACGUCGGAGGAGUUUGAGGCCAUGAGCCUGCCCUUCACAGUGCCAAGCGCCAGCGGCCAGGACAUCCAGCUCAGCUCUAAGUACACGCACAUCACCCUGGACAACCGCGCUGAGUAUGUGCGACUGGCCAUCAACUACAGACUCCACGAGUUCGACGAGCAGGUGGCCGCUGUCCGCGAGGGGAUGGCCCGCGUGGUGCCUGUGCCCCUCCUCUCACUCUUCACGGGAUAUGAGCUGGAGACCAUGGUGUGCGGCAGCCCCGACAUCCCCCUGCACCUGCUCAAGUCCGUGGCCACGUACAAGGGCAUCGAGCCGUCGGCGCCCCUGGUGCAGUGGUUCUGGGAGGCCAUGGAGUCCUUCUGCAGCACUGAGCGCUCGCUCUUCCUCCGCUUCGUGUGGGGCCGCACGCGACUGCCCAGGACCAUCGCCGACUUCCGGGGCCGCGACUUCGUCAUCCAGGUGCUGGAUAAGUACAACCCUCCUGACCACUUCCUCCCCGAAUCCUACACCUGCUUCUUCCUGCUGAAGCUGCCCAGAUACUCCUGCAAGCAGGUGCUGGAGGAGAAGCUCAAGUACGCCAUCCACUUCUGCAAGUCCAUCGACACCGACGACUACGCCCGCAUAGCCCUCACGGGGGCGCCCGCCGCCGACGACAGCAGCGAGGACUCGGAGAACGAGGACGUGGACUCAUUCGCCUCCGACUCCACACAGGACUACCUGACGGGGCACUGAGGGUGCGGGCACAGCAUGGAUUCUGGAGACUGGGGGCCUCAUCUCCCUAUCCUGCUGCCUCUGUGCCCCGGCGUGUAAAUGUCCCUGUAAAUAGACGGCGGCCCCCCACGUUGGACAUGAAGCCUUUUUACUCUGGGUGCACUACACAGCCCCUCCUUUUUAUUUCGAGUGUUUGCAUCGUCUUGACUGUACAUUGGACACACCGUGUAACAAUUAAAUCGUAUUAUAAAUAUUUCCA